AUGCAGCACGAAAAGGUUAUCCUUGCAAUCAUCGCAAUCGUUGCAUCUCUUGGGAACACUUUAACAGUCCUGCUCUUCAUCAAGAAUCCAACGUGGUUGAGAAAGACCUAUAACUGUUUAAUUUUCGCUCUUGCGAUUCAAGAUAUUCUCCAAGCCGUCUGUAUCAUGAUUUUACCUGGAUACAUUUUGCACGAAAACGUCUAUACGUUACCUUCGGACGCAACAUCGCGAUGGGUGUUUUGCAAGAUAUUCUGGUCCGAAUACUUUAUUUUCACGUUAGGGAUAACCUCUGUGUACACCUGCCUCAUGUUGACUUUUGAUCGGUUUCUGGCGGUUGUUAUGCCUUUGUCUUAUAAAAAAUAUGAACAGUCGAAAAUUGUCGUCUUCUUGACCGUGCUUUUUCCUUGGAUCGCUGGAAUGUGCUUAGAAGUUACAACGCCAUUGAGGGCAACCGCGAUUGAUGUCAACGGCACCGCCAAAUGCUCGUGGAAAACGCAAGAAUACUCUUCAAAAAAUGUUCUCGUCGCGACAUUCACGUUUCUGGGCAUGGUAAUCGUUCCUGGGAUACUCAUGGUGAUAGCCUACAGACGGAUUAUUGUCCACAUGAGGAGAUCCCAAAGACGAGUCGCCACAAUUAGGAACAAUAAGGAAAAGGCCAGACAAACUAUCGCUUUAAAAUCUCUAAGGAAAGUCACAAGGACAGCUUUUCUUGCCUCGAACGUAAUAAUCGUAUGUUGGCUGCCAGAUCAACUCUAUUACGCAUUGUCCCUAGUGAACUUGACGGAGCUCGGUACGACCACCCAUUUCAUCGUCAAGAGCAUAGCAUUUGUCAAUUCCUGUCUUAAUCCCUUCAGGGAAGGGCUGAGAGAGCUGUUUGGUUGCUUAUGCUGUAAAGCACAGGGUGAGCUAAGAAAAUCUGAUUCUAAUUACACGCAAAUUUGCGGCAUAGCUACUGCAAUUCGACAGAAUUUACCUAAGGUAAACCAUUAA